UCCACUUCCUUCCUGCCUGGUUUGGAAAGUGGAGCUGAAGGGCUGUGUUAGAUCAGACGGGGUACUAAAUUGUUUUUAAUCAUUUUAAAGGUGUGUCUCAAGCGGCUUGUGUUUUGACGUAGUCGUUUAGAUGUCAUAUAGACGGGAGAAGAGGUGCAUUCGUCAUUUCUUGUAAGGCUCUGGCUUUAGUGUAGCUUGACCAAGGUGCCCACAAGGAUCUUUCAGGAUGUUUCUGUUCUCGAAAAAGAAGAAACCCAGUGAGGAUUCCAAGAAGCGACUUGAGAACCAGCUGUGCUUGGCCAAAGAAGCAGGUGCAGAUGACAUUCUGGAUAUUUCUUCUUGUGAGCUUACAGAGGUUCCUUCAUGUACCUUCUCCCUUUGUAAAGUGCUCCAGAAAAAAGUGUUCAUUUUCCAUGGAAAUCACCUGAGAUCAUUUGUACCAAAAGGUUGCUGCAUUAGUGCCUUAGCAACGUUAAAGGUUUUAGACCUCCAUGAAAAUAACCUCACAUCGCUUCCUGAUGACCUUGGGCAGCUUUUGUCCUUGCAGGUGCUGAAUGUGGAGAAGAAUCACAUAAAACAGCUGCCAGACUCUAUAGGGGAUCUAAGGCAUCUACAGACACUUAAUGUGAAAGCAAACUGUCUUACUGUGAUUCCUGUGUCUGUGGGUCGCAUGAGCAGUCUGCGAACACUGGACAUAAGUGAAAACAGCAUCCUAGAACUGCCCAAACAGCUGGCCUGUGUUCGCACCCUGGAAAGUCUUAUCCUGGAUGCACAUGUUAUGGCCUAUCCUCCUUCAUCAGUGUGUACGGGCGGCACAGAGGAAGUGCAGCGUUACCUCUGUUCAGAGAUGGGUCUAGAGUAUUGCCCUCCAUCCCAGUAUCUCCUGCCUGUGCUGGAGCAUGAUGGAACGAAACAGGAGGAGGAUUGUGUUGAUGGGGAGGAGGUGGCCUGGCAGAACAAAAUUAUGGACUAUGAGAAGAGAAAGGAGGAGAAAAAGCAGGAAAAGUUGAUAUUUGAGAAGGAGCUAGAGGAGAAACAGAGAGAGCAAGCUCAAUUCCUGGUCCUCAACCAUUCUCGUAAAGAAGACAUGUUGUUGUCCGUCAGACAGGCGCAGGAGCGGUUAGAAUUGGGUGUGUCUCAGCAGCAGAAGGCCCAAGAAGCAGAGAGGCUAAAGAUACUAGAUAAAGUCCGUCAGGCAGAGAGCACCUUGAUGAGUCGUGUCUCUGACCUCCUGCUUGAUAACAAACGACAAGAAAGGAGUGCUGCCUUACUGCAAGCUCUUGAGGAGGACCGAAUACGAAUGGAACACCUUACAGCCAUAACACAGGAAGAAGCGGACUCUUUGAGGAAGAAGGAAGUGGCAAGUGCCAUGCAGAGGAUGCUGUUUGAGAGUUGCUCUCUACGGUUAAUGCAGGAAGCCAGUGACGCCAGAAAACAGAUUCUAGUGUCUGAGGCCAGCAUGAGUUUGCAGUGGUUGGAUAAAAAAUUUGACCAAGUUUUGUCCCUGCAGCAGCUGGACAAAAACAAAGCCAUUAAUCAGAUCCUCCAAGAGGAGGAAAUGCAGAAAGCUGCUUUUGAGGCCCUUCAACUCCAGAAGGACAGUGUGCAUGCGUUCAUCCGCAAUCAGAUUAAACUCAUUGAGGCAGAGUUAAUGCAGUUGACAAAGCUGGAGGUUAAAAGGAGGAAUUUGGACACUGAGAACCUGCAGGAGGUGCUGGCUGAGCAGAGGACAGCUCUGACGGAUCUUCUGCAGCAGUUAUUCAAACAGAAGGACCAGAGAGAGGAGGAUCUCAGGCAGGUCCUGACCGACAUGGAACAGAAGAGUGAAUCCAAUCAACAAAACUACUGGAUGAUACAAUAUCAGAGACUCCUGGAUGCUAAACCACUAUCUCUGCGUAUGCAGGAGAUGGCCGUGGAUAGAGAGCUUGGCAAUCUGUUGUGUAAACUUUUUGCUCAACACUACCUGCCAAUCAUAGCCCAUCAUCGAAUCACUGCUGAGGCCUUGCGUCACAUGACCACUAAAGAUCUUAGCAAGCUGGGGAUCAAUGAGGUCGGUGUGCAGAAAGCUCUUCUUCACUGGGCCAGGGAACGCACCUUUUCUGACCCACUCCCUAAAACAGCCAGAGAGGAAACUGGACUGUCUGCUUCUAACCCCCAACUGCAAGAGCAGCUCACCCCUCCACUGACACCCAACACCCCAAAUACCCCCCUCACACCCACUGCCCCCAAUUCUGAUGGACCCAGUAGCUCAGAGUGUGUGGUGUGCAUGGAGCAUGAGUCACAGAUGAUCUUUCUGCCUUGUGGACAUGUGUGCUGUUGCCAGAUCUGCAGCGACGCUCUGCAGUCCUGCCCACUGUGUCGAGCUUCUGUAUCUCAACGGAUCCGCCUCUACCAUGGCUGAAGCUGGCAAACUUUCACCGUGACCUUCUAUGAUUUAUACCUCAUGCAUCAUUGUUGUUCCUUUCCUCUCAUGCACUGCAUGGCAUUGUCGUCUGUGAACCUUCAAGCACUUUAGACGUGACUGGAUAUUCUCAUACCUCCCUUCCCUUUCCACCAUGUCUAGCUGAUGAAAGUGGAACCUACAUGCAGCACUGCAAGACUCUGUUAUCGUCGUACGGAUUUAAUCAAAUUUAAAAGCAAGUGUUCGGUUAAAGUUUUAUCUGACGUAAACCUAAUAGGAAAAUAUAUUGGUAUAAAAAUUGUAGAACAUAAGUACUGCCUUUGAUAUACCUGUUUUAGCUGAUGCACUUUUCGCCUUUUCUGUAUUUGAUAUAUGUACAUAUUCUUCCAGGUUCAUUUUAAUCAUUUAAAUGUUAUUUAUAGUUGAGGUACAUCCUCAACUACCUGCUUUUCUUACGACAUUUAUGCUUAGUUUUGUCAUGGUAUAAUGAGACCAGCUUCCACCCUUAUCUUACAGUGAUGUCAGAAAGUAUUCUUAUACCUGAAACCCUUUAGGUUUAUGUUAUUAUUGUUAAAACUAUAGAAAUGUUUUUAAUUUGACUUUGCAACUCAACAAAUAGGAUAUAACUAAAUCUUUUGUGGCACUUUUCAUUGCUAUAUAACACUCUGCAUCAAAAACAUUUUCUGUUCUGCAUUGAGGGGUGAAUUAUAUUGUUCACCUUCAGUCACUUAAAUUACUGCCCUGUUUUCUAAAUCACUUGUAUGUACUCUUAAGUGCACUUAUAUGCAAAUUUCUCUUUCACUUGUACAGAAUAAAAAAACCUAAUUUGCCCAUUUAUAUGUAAAUAAAUAAUAAUAUGGUUUUAAGACAUGAUAUUGAAUGUGUAUUAGCAUGCCCUGAAAAUGACAUUGCUGUGUGCAAUACAACUAUUCUGUAUUGGAAAAUUUUCUUCAUGACUUAUACUUGCUGUUAAAAAAACAUCAACACGUCAAUGUGAAAGCUUUUGAGUUUUUGAGUAGAAUGUGCAAUCUUAAGUACACGGCAGUUUAUGUACCAAAAACUGACCGCAAUCGAAGGUAGUACUUAAUGCUCUUAUUAACUUGGGUAGGCAUGUGUACUUCUGCUCUUUAUUGAGUUUGGGGUUAUUUGAUUUGUUAUAAAUAUCACCUUCUCUGUGAAACCACAGUUGGAUUAAAUCAUAAUGUAACAUUUAUUUACAAUAUGUAUGUUGGCUUUACAUGUUUUCCUCAGUCCACAGGAUAUAGUGUUAUUAUUUAGAUUUUAUAUAUAACUAACCAUAAUACUGAUCAUUUUUGGUUGUGUGGUGUGUUACUGCUGUCUUUUGCAAAAUAGUUUUAAAAUGUUGCAUGACUUAAAACAUUAAAUUAAAUUAAAGAUGUAUGUUACAUCCAUGUUAUUGUAGGCUA